UAUCGUAAACCACAGAAAUACCGUAAUGAUGAGCAUCCAACCAUCAACAACAACAAUAACAUAAAUAAUAAUAAUGAUGAUAACAAUACUAUAAAGACAACAACAACUACUCCAACAGCAGCUACAGCAACAUUGUCAACGCGAUCAACAACCGCAACAGCAACAGCAACAGCAACAACAUGUGCAACAAACAAUGCAUACCAAAGUAAUAAUAAUAAUAAUUAUAGCUAUUUAGAGAGCAGCCAUAGAGGUAGCAACCAUGUCUCCAACUCCAACUCCAAUUCCGAUUCAAACUUCAAUUUCGAUUGCAAUGCGAGUGAUCUCGAUCAUGUGACGCCCUCGGUUGAGUUGCAGCAGCAACAACAGCAGCACUACAACAACAACUAUUACUACUAUUACAACUACAACCUGAGCUAUGCCCCGCCCCCGGCAACAGCACCGCUCGAGUGUCGUCUGCUCGGUGGCCCAAAGGGGCGACUCCAACAGCUGAAGCGUCGCACACGCCACGAACUUCAACAGUGGCCGCUGCUCAUGCAGCUGGUUGUGCUCGUCCUUUGGCUGCACGGCAAGUUCUGGCAGAUCGUACGUGAACAGAUCCUGAUGCACAGAAGGCGAUGGUAAUGGUAAUCUUGGGGAAUGAAGUAAGGAUGAUCGAGUGAUGGGACAGUAAGAAAUCAGAAUCAGAAUCCUCUAUGCUUAAGUUUUACAAUUAUGCCACACUUUCUUCAAAACUUAAAUAAAUAAUAACCAUAAAUAAGCUGUGCAUAGUCUAAAUGAACCACAACAAAAAGAAACUACUAAACAACAACAACUACAGCCACAUCAACAACGAGUGCUCAUCGAGUAUUCGCUCGUGUUUGUACUCGUCUCAUCGAACAUACUCUCGUUGUCGCUGUCGUCUCGUUACUGUCUGUCUCUCUCUCUCUCUCUCUUUAAUCGUUAUCGUUAUCGCUAUCGCUCUCGUCGUUUAUCUACUUGUCGCUUGUGUUUUGAAUCGUUCAUCUCUCUACGUUUUUUCUAGCUAUCGUAUCGUAUUGUAGUUGUUAUUGCUCUUUCAGUUCAAGCAUGCCGUACAUUGUUUCUUUUCCUUUAACAUCAUCGUCAUCAUCAUUGCCAUCAUCGCGUCAUCAUCACCAUAAAAUCCCUCCCAUUCUACACUAGUCGACAGCGCUAACAAAACCAACCAAAAAAAAAAAAAAAACUUAAACAGCUCAUAUCAAUACAAAAUCCUACAUGUUGAGCCUCGAUAAAUGUAACCCACCCA